AAAUAUUUUAAAAAACAAUGAUCAAUCCAAAACGAAAAAUUAAUAACUACCAUAAUCCUAGCAAAUAUUGAGAUGAAACAAAAACUACGUCCGGGGAGACAAUGCCUUUAGUAUAUAAUUAAAGUAACAAACUCAAUUUCAGAAUGUAUGAAAUUUGAAUUAAUCUGAACUAAGUUUAAUUCGUUUUUAAACUAUACGUAUCAUAGAGUUUAUUCUGAAAUGAUGCAAGAGCUGAGCAAAAUAAAUGGCAGAUAAAAAUUUCGACUCUGAAACCUCUUUUGUCAAUUCAUAGCAAAUGUGGGCCCAAUCUUCUGAACCUCUUUUAAAUAUAAUUGGCCACUAGUGACCAGUCCGCCAAUAAUUCCACAUUGUUUAUCUGUUUCUGUCGUUACACUUUACAUAUGUUAGAUCAUUAUUAUCAUUCACAUGUUAUUAAUUUAUCUACAUGCAUUGGACUGGACAGUCUUUAUUUGUCACUAUACUCGCUACUGUAAUUUGUGGUGCAUUAAAUUUUACAGAUGUUCCCCAUACUGCAUUCACCAUCCUACUCCUUAUCUUAUGCACGUACCCACGCAAAUAAAAAGAAAUAUCUGAGGGUAUUUAUGUAAUAAAACCAUAAAUAAGCUAUAACGUCGAACGACCUACCACUUUAAAUUCUUACCAACCAGUCACCGCUCUCCAUUUUUCAUUUACAGAGAUAACCCUAACUUGGUCACUCUCUCUCUCACACACUCCAGUUCAAACAAUGGCUCCUCCACAGAAGCUCUUUCUCGCCGCCAUUGUCUCCGCCGUCAUUGUAGCUGCCACCACCGGACACGGACCUAAUAGUACUGCUGAAGAUAUUGUACAUUCCUCCUGCGUGCACGCGAGCUAUCCAUCUCUAUGCGUCCGUACGCUCUCUACCUACUCCGGUCCAACCAUCACGAACCAACGCGAGCUAGCUCAAGCCGCCGUCAAGAUAAGCCUCUCCCACGCUCAAGCAGCUGCGAAGAAACUCGCGGCUGUGAGAGAAACCGUGGGGAAGAAACGGGUGAAAGCGGCGGUUGUGGACUGCGUGGAGAUGAUUGGAGACUCCGUGGCUGAUCUGAGCCGUACGUUAGGCGUUUUAAAGCAUCUCCACGUCUCGGGCGGUUCGGCGAACGAGUUCAGGUGGCAGAUGAGCAAUGCGCAGACGUGGGCUAGUGCGGCAUUGACGGAUGAUGACACGUGUCUAGAUGGGUUUAAAGGGGUCGAGGGCAAGGUUAAGACGGACGUGAAGCAGUGGAUGACGAAAGUGGCGAGGAUUACGAGCAACGCGCUUUACAUGAUCAACCAGCUAGAUGAAUCACGUGGCAAGCCCCACGUAGUACGUUCUUGAUGUUAUAUAUGAUGUGCUUGUCCUAAUGGACAGUUAUGAUUUGGUGUUAGUUUUUUCGUGUUUGCUUAAUUGCGAGUUAUCUACUAUUUAAAGAUGAGAGGCAUUGUCCUUUUAAGUAGUUCUGAUAAUGGUAUACUAAAUAAAUGGUUUCUCUUUUUUUU